AACGUCUGUCACCAUUUUGCUACCUUACAUGGCCUCACCAUCGGAAGUAAGCCAGCAACAAUGGUAUUAUCGUAAGGAGGCAUUGUCCAAUACCCCUUCUAUAACCAUUGACGGAUUCAGCGUCAAGAAAGAGAAGGAAGACAGAGCCAAAGGUUGUAAUUUCAUACAAUCUGUAGGCAUGACACUAAAACUACCUCAAAUUACAAUAGCAACGGCAAUGGUGUUCUUCCAUCGAUUUUUUAUGCGAAAGUCACUCAAGGACUACCCAUUUUAUGACAUCGCCGCGACAGCCAUCUUUUUAGCGACCAAAGUGGAAGAAUCUGGACGUAAGCUGCGUGACAUAGUGACAGUCUGCGCUCAAAAAGCCGCCAAAAACGAGAAACUUGUGCUAGAUGAGCAAAGUAAGGAUUUUCAAAGAUGGAGGGACAUCAUCUUAUACGACGAAGGCGUUCUUUUAGAGGCUAUCUGCUUUGAUCUGACCAUAGAACAUCCAUAUCACUACCUGUUACUAUACAUCCAUGAACUACGAGAGUCAAACCGUCUUGCGCAAACCGCCUGGAUGUUUGUCAAUGACAGUAUCAAAUCUCCUCUUUGUCUUCUUUAUACUCCUCAAAUCAUAGCCGGUGCUUCUAUAUAUCUAGCCUCCAAGCUUAUUGCGCACGAAUUGACUGCAGAUGAAGACAGUGAAUGGUGGGAGCUGGUUUCAACCAAACUAGAUGAGAUAGAGGACGCUGUCUUUGAUAUGUUAGAUCUAUAUUCCUCCAGCACAGCAGUAUCGAGUUCAAAAGGCAGAUCGUCAAGUGGGCAAGACCAUAAGCCAGCAUCAGAGUAUCGUCCAAAUACACCACAACCUAAUACACCGGGCCAUAACAAUAACCAAGACUCUAAUAUAAAUACAUCCUCGUUUACACCUAUUCCACCAAAAUUGACAACCAACGGUAGUAGUGGAAGCUAUGAGCCUAUAGCGGUGGAUUCCCAAAAAUAAUCACCGGCAGUAAAGCAAUGCCUUUGCGCGCCUAUACUGUCUCUAUACCUGUUGUACACAAUUUGUUUGGCUCUAUCUGCAU